GCGCGCGAGCCUGGAUGACGUCACACACCAUAGGCCCCGCCCCUUCGCGCCUCGGGGUUGGCGGGCGCUCAGGGAAGACGCCAAGAUGGCGGCGAGUAACUAUUACGGAUUCGCGCAGGGCUCCGGCUCGCAGUACAGUGCCCAGCCUCCGACGGCUUUCCCACUCCCAGCUGCUGGAACCAGCUUCGCUGCGCAGCCUACUCCUGGACUGGGCCCUGUCCUGCCCCCAGCAUUUCCCGAGACUGCCCAGCCACCGAGGCCCAUCACUCCAGUGGGGUAUGGUGGGUAUCAUCCCCACUCUGGCCAGGACCUCAGUUACGGCAGCCAGCCCCAGGAGCCCACGCCAGCACCCUCCACGGCCCCCUCCUACCAGGAUAGUUACAGUUACGGACUGUCAACAGCUGCCAGUGGCUACGAGAACAAACAGUAUCGGCCGCCUGCUGCUGGCCCGCCUCCUCUCCCAGCCACGGCCUCACUCUGUCCGUCAGGGACCCAGGGACCCUGCAGUGGGUACAGCCAAGGGCAGCUUCUGCCACAGGCACCCACUGUUGAGGUGGGGCAGCCAGCCAGCGCUGCAUCUUCCAGCUAUACCUGCCCCUCGGCAGCAAGCAGUGCCCAGCCCACGGCCUCCUCCAUCCCCACCCUGACUUCCUACAGCCCAGCCCCUGCCCUGUACACAGGAUCAAGCUACCCGAGCUAUGAUGCAUCUGCAUACUCAGUGGCCAGUCCUUACUAUCCUCCACUGCUCCCCCCACAGAUGCAGCCCCUGCCUGCCCUGGGGCUCCCCCAGCCACCACUGCCACCUCCACCACCACCACCGCCCCAGCAGCCUCCCCCACUCCCAAAGCCCAUGGACUCAUCCCCAUGGGGUGGCUCAGGAAAUAGUCCCAGUGCCGGUUCUGCUGACAACUUUGCCAAGAAGCUACCAGUUCCCACCAAGCUGCUGAAACCCAGAGCUGGCCCCAAGCAGCUCCUGCUUCACUACUGUGACAUCUGCAAGAUCAGUUGUGCAGGUCCCCAGACCUACCGUGAGCACCUGGAAGGGCAGAAGCACAAAAAGAAAGAAGCAGCUCAGAAGAUGGGCAUCCAGCCCAACGGCAGCCCAAGAGGGGUGCAGGCACAGCUGCACUGUGACCUGUGUGCUGUGUCCUGCACUGGGGCAGAGGCCUACACCGCCCACAUCCGGGGGGCCAAGCACCAGAAGGUCUUCAAGCUGCACACCAAACUGGGAAAGCCCAUUCCCACCAUAGAACCGGCCCCAGAGAACUCCAGCUCAUCCCAGGCCACUGGCACCAGCAAGACAGCCUCGACCUCCCUCCCCACAGAGAGCCCCCCCUUGGCCUUGGCCAAGCCUUCGGCCCCUGCUGGCCCCAGUGUGUGUGCCCCAGGCAGACCGGCACCAGCCAAGAGACCAGCUGCCUCCAAGGCCUCGCGCGUGGGGUCUCUUGAGCAACGGACAGCAGACAGCCGACUCCCCGAGGGGAAACCAGCACACCCCAGAUCUGAGCGGCCCAGAGAACUCUCCACCAGCGGAAACUCUCUGGAAGCUUCUGGAAGCUGCUGUGACACGCAGCCGGUGGGCCCAGGCUACGUGGAGGAGGUGUGCAAUGAGGAAGGCAGAGUGAUCCGCUUCCACUGCAAACUGUGUGAGUGCAGCUUCAAUGACCCCAACGCCAGGGACAUGCACGUGAGGGGGCGGCGACACCGGCUGCAAUACAAGAAAAAAGUAAACCCUGAUCUUCCGAUUGCUGACAAGCCCAGCACAAGAGUUCGGAAACUCCUGGAAGAGAAGCUGAGGAAGCAGCGUCAGCUGACCAAGAGGCGACUGGGGGAGCUGCGGCGCCUGCACAAUGAGAUGAGCAGGCGCUACGACUUGUGCAAGAGGCAGCUGGAAGAGGAGCCACAGGUCCAGGAUGCACACCCAGGACGCUCACCUGACCAGCACCCGCCUCCCCUCAGAAGCAGGCCAGGGGCCCCUGCAGCCAGGCCUCUGCCCACAAGGCGGCCAGAGUCCAGCGAUGACCGGCAUGUCAUGUGCAAGCACGCUGCCAUCUACCCCACGGAGGAGGAGCUCCUGGCUGUCCAGAAGGCCGUUUCUCACUCGGAGCGCGCCCUCAAGUUGGUAUCUGACAUGCUGGCUGAGGAGGAUUCUGCGAGCCCAGAGCCAGAGGUUGGGGAGUGCAGCCGCCCCAGCUCCUCUUCUCGGAUCCUGAAAGGCGUGAUGCGGGUUGGCCUCCUGGCAAAGGGCCUCCUCCUUCGGGGAGACAGGGCUGUGCAGCUGAUCCUGCUCUCCUCCCAGAAGCCCACCCACGCCCUGCUACACAGAGUCGCCGAGCAGCUGCCCCUCCAGUUCCCGAUCGUGACAGAUGACAAGUAUGAGGUCUCCUCAGAUCCUGAAGCCAACAUCAUCAUCUCCUCCUGCGAGGAGCCCAAGAUGCAGGUCACUGUGUCCAUCACCUCACCCCUGAUGCGGGAGGACCCCUCUACAGACCGAGAAGGAACAGAGGCGCCUCUGCCUGAUCCGGGAGAUGUCCUGAGCCCAGAGAAGUGCCUCCAGUCUCUGGCUGCCCUCCGACGCGCCAAGUGGUUCCAGGCAAGAGCCAGUGGCCUGCAACCCUGUGUGAUCGUCAUCAGGAUCCUUCGGGACCUCUGCCAGCGAGUGCCCACCUGGGGGGCCCUGCCAGACUGGGCCAUGGAGCUGCUGGUGGAGAAGGCUCUGAGCAGCACGAAGGGGCCCCUGAGCCCUGGGGAUGCCGUGAGACGGGUCCUGGAGUGUGUGGCCUCGGGGACACUCCUGACAGAUGGGCCUGGGCUCCAGGAUCCCUGUGAGAGAGACCAGAUGGACGCCCUCGGGUCCAUGACCCUCCAGGAGCGGGAAGACAUCACGGCCAGUGCUCAGCAUGCCCUGCGCAUGUUGGCAUUCCGGCAGAUCCACAAGAUCCUGGGCAUCGACCUUCUGCCGCCCCCCAAAAGCAGGCCUGGGGCGCGCUUCCGGAAGAGGCCUCGGGAGGCAGGCGAGGCCGAGGAGGGCAUGGGCCCAAGGAAGCGGGCCAACGGGGUGGAGAGGGGCCCUCGUGAGCAGCCUCGCCUCCCCAACGGGACCUGACGCACCGCUGAGUGGCUGCUUCAACCUUGACACUGGACAGUCGUGUUUUCCUUUUCAGUAACAUUCUGUAGAUUUAUUUCAGGACACUUGUGCUUAAAUCAUUAGUGAAAUCUCUUCAUCUGGCAAUUUGAGCUGCAGUGGGUGGGGGUGGGCGGGCAGCACCUGAGGCCAGCCUCUAUCUAAAGCCUGACAUUUCUUGCUAGCUUUAAACUCACCCAUGGCCUACUAAGAGUGUGGGUAUCUAAAUCACCUUGUGUGGAUGCCUCCACCGUGCGUGGACUUGAAAUCACACUGGCAAGCCUGUCGGGGGUCCCACAUCAGGAAGCCUGGUUCCAGAAGGCAGGUCAGAAGUUCUGAGGUGGUGGCCAAGCCUAAGGGCAUGCCCAGGGCGGGGUGCCCAGACCCCAAGCCCCACCUGCUGCAAGCUCACUGCCCCUCCCACUCCCCAGCCUGGAGAUGGCCCCCUCGCAGGCAGAGGUCUGCAGGGCCCCGGCUGAGCCUGUCCUCUGGCCCGUGGUGGGGAGGCCACAGAGCCAGAAGGUGGUGAGGAGGUGGGCUGGGUGCACUCCUGACUCCGGGAACAUCUGUGAUCCCCAUGGCACUGCACCCCAUGCCAUUGCGUGCCUUCUGCACUACGAAGAGCCGCUGUGUUCAUCUCGUUUGAGGCUGUGUUUGCCUUUGUCUUUCCCCCAUCCUCCCUGCACAGGUGCAGCUGACAUGGGUCCAGGCCUUGCCCCUUAGAAGCAGGGUCUUGGGGCUCUGCCUAGUGCAGGGCACAAGGUCAGGUACCUCCUGGCACUGACGGACAUGAGGGCACCCUGCCCUGAUCCAUCCAAACCUUCUCUUGGCUGCUGCCUAAUGGCGCUGAAGGAGAAAAGUCUUUGGGCCUAUGUGAUCUUUGGUCACUUGAUUGCUUCAAGUUCAUUUUUGUGUUUAAGGGACAACCUGUGUGUGGCUUCAUAGCUAAUGUCUUCGUAGAGCUACUUGGAAGUUUGGGGUUGGGGGAGGGGGGAAUAAAUAAGAUGUGCUUAUC